AUUACACAUUUUAUUUACAUACAAAAUGCAAUCUGAAGGGCGUCGCCACUAUGACUCUCGAGGUGUUGUUGGCGGCGCCUUUUUGGCGAGUGAUGUUAUGUUACUGACGUAUCAUCUUUCUCAGAUAAGCAAGGAUGACAUUCUGUUGUAUAAGCUUGAUCGUUUGAAUUUACUUCCGGUUGAUUCUUCAUCUAAUGACGUACCUCGUUCAUCUUCUGGUCAUAUUAUACGUCUACAUGAUCGUUUACAAUGUCAUUUGGAGGAGACUACGUUACGUUUACUGAGUGAGUAUGCUAAUUUGGAAUUGGUUGACAUUGACACUAAUCGGAUAGCUCAGGAGUUGGAGCAUUUUUGUGUUGACCGUUCUAGCAUAUCACUUCGUAGACUCAAGGCCAUGCUAUACACUGGUAUGCGUUGUUUUAACCGGUUACCAGCUACUUUACAACUACUUUUAUCACUAAAGGACACGGCUGAGAAACCUCCAGUUUCUUGUCCAAUUCGAGAUGCUGAAGGUCCAGUAUUUCAUGAUACUGGUGACUGUGCCUCGAAUGUACCUGAUGAAGCUACAUCUUCUUCCGAUGAUGGCAUGGAUUCAUGUGAAGACGUUCCGGCCACCACUCCUGAACCUGGCCAUGUUUCUUCCAGUGUUAUAACAGACCGUUUUGAGUUUAGUGAGAUUGAUGAGGACGACUUGGUAUCUGACAUUUUAUUUGUAGUUCAGGGCAUUGAGGGUCGUUUUAUAAAGCGUGGUGUUGAUGGUACUUUUAGUCUUACUAGUCGUCGCCAGGUAUCUCGUGGUGUUCGUCAGCUUACAAAUCGCAUGUGUAGUUUGGGUCUCCUUUACAACAGUAUAAUGGACUUUCGACCAUCUUCAGGGGCUAUAUCGCAGGCAUUACAUCAGGCUGUAAUGGAUGAGGUUCACCAGUACAACCAUUUGAUAAACAUGUUGGUUACUAGCAGGGCCAAUGACCGAUUAACUUUACGGCGGUUAUAUGUUUUGUUGCAGCAGCCGUACAAUCGCAUGCGUCUGUUAUACAUGGCACUCGGUACUUCUUCUGUUAGGUGUAUAGAUCGCAUUUUCGACCUUUACUGCUCCCGUGGUGAUGCUAUGGGUCGUGAGUUAUAUUCGGAAUUACUUCGCAAGUGCAUGAUUUCUUUUUUGGAGAUUCUUCUUCGUUGGGUAUAUUAUGGCGAGUUAGAUGAUGUUUCUGGUGUAUUUUUUGUAGGCCACACUGAGGGUCGCUAUAAUAUUAUCUCUUGUAAUAUACCUACUUUUAUAUCACCAUCGCUCGCAGAGCUAUGCUUCGACACUGGAUGUUGCAGUAAGUAUUACUUUGAGUUGAGUCCUAGAUCUGGUCGUGGUACUGUUGACAUUACUGGCUUCUUGAAGCAAUUAUGUCCCGCGAGUACAUCAUGGUCUAUUUUCGUUACAAUUCAGCAACUGUCAGGUUUAGUUCGCUCAAUUGACACCAGUGUGGCUUUAGUGCGUGAAUUGGUAUUGCGUCAUGAUUUAUCCGGUUACUUACGUCGUAUAUCAGAUCAUUUAUCGCUGGUUCAUCUUGGAGGUGAUCCGCUACAUCCAGUUUUUGACGAUUUUGAGUGCAAUAAGGAUUUUGGUUUUGAUAUGUAUGUACCUCGUUUUUCAUUUCCGGUAUCUUUAGUCUUCAAUGACGUGCAAGCGAUUCGUGACUUGUAUAUCAACAGCUUCCGUAUGGAGUUUUUACUUCAGCGUACGUUAAAGUUACUAUCGUUAUGUUGGAAGGAGUACAGUGUUUAUAGUCGUUAUUGCCUCGGUUCUCUUGAUCUUUCACGUCGUAUGAUUUGGAUUAAUUUAUGUCGCAAUGAGAUGUCUCAUUUUGCCAACAUGCUUCAGAAGAGUCGCAACGUGCCAUACAUUUUGGAUAGUUUCAUACGCCGCGUAUCAUCUCGUGAUUACCCUCCUGCGGGCACGACAUUGAAGGACUUACGUGACGAGUGGUCUGCUACAUUCGGGAGACUAGAGAUGAGUAACUUUUUGGAGGUGAUGGAAAUCCUGGAGUCGAUUGUUGACUACUGCAAGUUUGCGUUACACCUGUUUAACCGUGGUAUGAUGCGUGAACUGCGUGAUUUGGUUUGUGACAAUGCAUCUCCGUCGGUGUUGACUGAGUUUAUACAUGGCCAUAUAGUGACCAAUGAGGUGAUGGAUGUAUUUAGGGGCUAUGCCAAGCGAUUCCGUGAGAGUGUGAUUCUACUUCUCCACAGACUAUCCUGUGAAAACACUGAUAGUCGCAUGUUUGGUGUCAUUUUAGACUACAACAACUUUUAUCGUUUAUUGAGUGCUAUUGAGUCGUAGUGCGUAUUAAACACAAAGCAGCGCUUAAUA